UUGUUGUAAGUACUGAACUGGCGCACAAAGCUUCGAUUUGUUUGUGUAUUUUAAAUUACUUUUGUGAGAAAACACUUGGUUCAAAUUUUGUAUAUCAGUCGAUUUAAUCAUUUUUCGUUUGAGCUUUAAUUUCACGUGAUUAUACCUCCAUUGGGUUUUUCAAUGCAGAUUUCGAAAUUGAAUAGUUCAACUCUUUGUUCAACGGACAUAUCAAUUAUUUUUUCUGAAACAAACUUUGGGCGAUUAAUGGGACAUGGAAGGCGUUGAGACACUUAUCAAAAUUAGGUUGUUCACCAUUUCUCUUGGCUGAAUCGUACAGAUUGGCUGAAUCCACGCUAGUUUUGAUUUUCAGAUUUUGAUGUUACAAAGUUAAAUUAUAUCAUCGUUGAUUCUCUUUCUUUCCUGAUGAGAAAGGUUCUUAGAUGUUUUCCUAAUUGCUCGAUUAGUUUGAGCCUUACUCCUGUCCAUUAGCGGCUAUGUUUUCAAAUUGGUCAAGUAAGCAAACACAUCUUGGACUUUGAUUUCUUCCCCCGAAAUCUAAAAUUGCAAAAAAAAACUAAUUUGUCUCUUUGAUCUGAUUAAAAAAGGUAAUAUCAUUUUUCAGCUUGAACAGAAAAGAAAUUAAAUUUGACGUCUUUAGUAGUCCGUCCGUGACCGUGAAAAUUAAAGGUUACUUGGGUAACCUAUGGCUACUUCAAUACUUAAAAAACUGUUUCGAAUAUAAAAAGUAAUAAACUAAUUGACAACAUGAAAAAAUUGAAAAAAAAAAUCUCAAUUUAUUGAAAUAACAAUUCCUAAGAGCAGUUUAGAUGUUACUUUCAGUUCAAAGACUUUAACAAAAGAAAUUGUUAAAAAUGGAAUAACUUGACGUGGAAUUUCCAUCAAGGCUGUUUUUUGACUUUUCGCUGUGGAAUACACAUGCACAUAUAAAAAAGCUUAAAGCUGCAUUGUUAUAAUCGCUAGAUUGUACAGAAUUUGUCAUGGCUGAAUGCGUUCUUAUUUUGUAUUUCCGGAAGUUUAAUUUGAUGCUACAAGAUGAAAUUAUAUCAUCGACUUUUUGAUGAAAAUUUUUUAAAAAGUUUUCCUAUUUUCCUGAUUAAACUGAGCUUUACUCCUGUCCAAGAGCGGCUUUACUUUCGUGUCUCCUGUCCAAGAACGCCAAGUUUGACUGCAUAUUCAGAGUUGCCAACAGCGGAUUCCUGAAGUCGAGAAGUAGACUUGAGGUCUCAAUUCCUGACAGGAGAUUUACCCACUCGACCAGUGUAUGAUAUGAACACUUCUUCAAAAAUAGCGCUGCCUUCAAAUGCUCAGGAAAUUGCAUCAGAGCAGACGACGUCUGCCGAUCCCACUACUUCAAGAUCUUCAAUCAUACCCCCCUCAGAAUUUUCUUCUACAGUGUUCUGUGAUCGUCAUCCAAACUACCCACUCAGGUAUUUCUGUGAAAGCGCCAUAUGUAAAAUACCCAUCUGUGAAGAAUGCUGGGAAAAUUAUCACAAAGACGAAAGUCACAGAGUUAUUCUCUUAAAAGUUCAUCGUGGGCCUCAAAACGAAGUCCAAUACCGCCUGGCAAAAUACAAGUCUGAGUUCAAGGGUGUUGCACAGUUUUUGGAAGGAGAAUGGGAAAAUCUCCUGAAGCAGGUUGAAAAUGCGGAGAGAAAACAACAAAACGUAAUGCAAUCCAAGUCAGCAAACGAGUUAGAGUCAAAGUCAAAGGAAAUUAAAAAUUUCUUAGAAUUGCAUGGGAAUGAUGUUUACCAGUUUAGGUCAAAUUUCCUCUCUAAAAUUGAUAAACUGCAAAAAUCACGAGAGGGUAUUUUCGGCAAUCACAAAAAGAAUACUGAAAGUUCGUCACUGAAUAACGGUGCUCCAAACUUUCAAAAAUCGAUGUCGAGCAAGAAAAAGAAACGAGAAUUGGUGGGAGUGACAAAGCAUUUAGUAAAAGAUUGCACUAGUAAAAUUCGCGUUGCAGCGGCGUACAAUUCAAGUACAAAAGAAUUAUUUAGCCCUGAAGUGGGAAGUGAUAAUGUCAUAGUGUUUUGCAUAGACGAGACAAGUCGAGAAAUUGAAGUAAAACGCAAACUGAAUUUGCAGUCACUAAGAAGGACAAAAGGUGGAGUUGAAGAAUAUUUAGUUUCUAUGGCAAUGGACUGUAGAAACACACUCUACGGAGUCAUAUGGCGGAAAAGUGACCAAAAUAAGAGAUUGGAGGUACUCGAUCAGAACAAUUUAGCAAAGAUUGGACAACUUGACACUUGUGGAAUUGAAAAUGGCCGCGGUUUUUCUUGGAAAGUUGGUGCGUUCGGUGAUACUGUUGUGCUAGCAGUUCAUUGCAUUCGAAACUUGUGUUCGACGAAAUGGUUGGGUGUGACUGUGUUUAAAAAUCAACUUAGACAGAACACUAUAUCGUUAAACAUUUAUUCCGGUCAAAUUGCAUCCUACCUUUUUUUGCCCAACGAGAAAAUAUUGCUGCUAUCUUGUGACAAACAUGUAGCAGUGGUUUGGUUGCCACCUUUAUCAACGCCAUGCUCAGUAUCUGAUUCCAGCUCGGAAACGCAGUCUUUGGUAUCCGUAAAAACGUCAACAACUACAGCGACCAACCAGUUAUUAUCUGGCGAUGCUGUGGAUCCACGCGCUGUUAAAAUCGUAAAAUUGCCUACUACAGAUGAAAUUAAUACUUCAAUUGUGUGGAUAGCUUCGGAUGACCAGCCUUCAAUCGAAUCUCUCGAGGGAUACUUAUUCGUCUCCGAACAAUGCCCUAACUAUGUUAACUUUACACUGCAUGUGUUUAAAGUUGAUUUAGAAAAAGUUCUUUCAACGAAUGAACACGAAAGAGAAAUGACAUCACAGCACAUACCCAAAAUCACAUCUCUUAAAAAUACGGACGUUGUUAUUCCCAUUAGCAACUCAAAAAUCGUUGCCACAUUAGCUAGUGGAGACAAAGUCAGUAGAAUAGUGCUGCUUGAUCUAGAGUACCAGAAAGUACCUUGAACAGACAAACUCGUAUCAUCAAACUGCCAUACAUAACUUUCUUUGCAUCGGACUUGAACCUUCAGCUAACCUAUUUUUAUAUAAUUAAAAUUAUUCAUGAAAUCAAAGAAUCAUUUUUAGUACGAUAUUUUGGAUGAACACUAACCGAUUAUGAUCUAUCACUUCUCAACAAUUGGUGAUUCUUUAUAAUAUACGUUUUACAAAUCUUACAAGUUAACUUUUUAUAAU